AUGGAGAACUACGCUUACAACGCUUCCUACCCCGAGUCCGGCGGCUCAUCGCCGCGCUCCCGAGAGAUCGACUUCGAGAACCCGCCGCCCUGGGAGGAGUCGUCGCAGGGCGUCCAGCCGCCGCCGAACUACCGGGUCAAGUUCAUCUGCAGCUACGGAGGGAGGAUCCUCCCCCGGCCGAACGACAACCAGUUGUCGUACGUCGGUGGCGAGACGAAGAUCCUCGCCGUCGAUCGGGGCAUACGGUUCGCCGCCCUGUUCGCGAGGCUGUCCGCCAUGUGCGACGGCGGCGAGGGCAUCUCGUUCAAGUACCAGCUACCCGGCGAGGAUCUGGACGCUCUCAUCUCGGUGACCAACGACGACGACCUCGAGCACAUGAUGCACGAGUACGAGCGGCUGUGGCGAGCCUCCCCUAAGCCGGCGAGGCUGCGGAUCUUCAUCUUCCAGGCGCCGAUCCAGAGCCUGAGCUCCUCCACCCGGAGCUUCGGCUCGGACGAGGUCAAAUCGGAGAAGGAGAGGUUCGUCGAGGCGUUGAAUUCGGCGCCGAUUACGGCCGCGCCGCCGCGGGAGGCGUCCCCCUCGGCGUCGCACACGCCGCCGCCGCCGACGGCGGCGGCGGUGGCAGCGAGCAAGGUGGAUUUCCUGUUUGGUCUAGAGAAGGCGAGCGCGCCGCCCUCGCUAAAGCCAAUUACGGGUAGAGUUGCUGACGUGGAGGAUCCGAUUGUCGCACCGGGUAUGGAUGAACGGUUUAUCGGGUUGGAUCCGAUCCAGAAGCACAUCCAGGAUCUACAGAGGUUGAGGCUUGAGGAGCAACAUGGAGUUCACCAAAGGAAGAGUGAUGAUAAUCUCGGCGGGAUGCCCGUUGGAGGCGAGUACUACAGGGCGCCGGAGAGACUCCCUCCGGCGACGGUUCACGGCGGGGUUCCCUACUGGGUGGAGAACCAGGUCCCCGGCGGAUUCUACCCAGCAGCAACCACCGUCAACAAGGAGCAGCCGGUUUACAUGAUCCCACCUCCAUCGAGUGCGUACCACGCGCCGCCGGUUGCGAGGCCGUUGGCCGGAGUGCCGGCUCAGGGAUAUUACGCAGUCCCGAGGAUGCCAACGGAGAUCUACCGCGACCAGCAGCCGCAGCUGCAGAUGCAGAUGCACAACAUGGUCCCGCAGGCGGCGGGAUAUACGGAGGGCUUUGGGAUGGUCACGCAGGCCGGGUACUCGCCGGUGGCGUACGACGGCGGCUUGGGGAGGCAGGUGAUGUAUGCUGCGCCGGGGGGAGUGAUUGGAGCGCCGGUGCAGACGGCGGCGCAGUAUCAAACGACGGCCAGCAUGGAUGUGCGGCAGGGCGGCCCAAUGGUUCCGGAAAGUGCCGGUAAGGGUGUUGUAAAAGUUACUCAAACCUCCGUGUGA